UUCAAAGUCCAGAGUGCUAACCAUUACACCAUGGGACCAACUACAAUAGGCGGGAAAGCUUUUAGCGUAUUUAAUAAAUGGCGAGUUUGCUAUUCCGUUUACUGUUGUGUUAUUUUGAUACGCUUCAUUGUUAAUAAUAGUAAUUAACAUAAUAUAAAGCGAUAACAGUCUACGACAGAUUAAAGAUCGUUUUUAAGAAAUUAUUAUUGAACUCAAAUAUUGUGUAUGGCUCUAACGGCAUCGGAAAUACUGGACACAGAUAGUGAGGAUGAACUGCCACCAGGGUGGGAAGAACGAGUUACAAUCGAAGGGAAAGUCUAUUAUGCAAAUCAUGAAUUGAAGGCCACACAGUGGGUACAUCCAUCAUCUGGCAAGAAAAAGCAAGUAACUGGAGAAUUGCCAUACGGUUGGGAGAGGAAGGUUAUGGAUGAUGGAAAUAUUGUUUAUAUUGAAUAUGUCAAUCUUCACGGAUUGCGUGAGAGACAAAACUUCACAGAUUGCAUGAGAGACUCCCGGUAUUUGAUCAUGUCUUCUGCCCAGGAAGACGUCCCUAGAAAUCCUCCUUUUCUAAGCAUAAAUAAACUGAAGCUAACGUGGCUGUCAUGGCAUGUCGGAACUGUUUGUUUUCCAGGUUUUGAAACAGCCCGGUCACUGGCGUUACACGGAGCCACGGUAACCCUGGCGUGUCGAGAUUUAGGCUCAGCCGAACGGUGUCGCAAGAGAAUCAUCGCAGAGCACCAGCAGGCCACUGUACACACACUUCACCUUGACCUUGCCAGUCUACGCUCUGUGCAAAACUUUGUCGAAGAGUACAAGAAACUUCAGUGGCCUCUUCACAUGCUCAUUCUGAAUGCUGCCGUUUUCGGACUGCCGCACACCCUGACCGAAGAUGACCUUGAGAUGACCUUCCAGGUGAACCACCUGUCGCACUUCUACCUGACCAGUCUCCUGGAGGAUGUCCUGCUGGCGUCCGCUCCGGCCAGGGUCGUCGUCGUGUCCAGUGAGUCGCACAGGUUCACAGAUCUGAGCGUGGACAACCUGUGUGAGACGAAGCUGUCUCCGUCUGCGGGGAAGCACAGCGACCUGAGGGCGUACAACCUGUCCAAACUGUGCAACGUGCUCUUCUCCAACGAGCUGCACACGCGCCUCGGCACGCGCGGGGUCACGGCCAACUCUCUCCACCCCGGAAACAUGAUGAGCUCCAACAUCAGCCGCAACUGGUGGCUGUAUCGGCUUCUCUUUACGCUGGUCAGACCUUUCACCAAGUCCAUGCAACAAGGCGCGGCGACGACAGUGUAUUGUGCGACGUCCCAGCAGCUCGAGGGUUUGGGCGGGAUGUACUUCAACAACUGUUGUCGGUGUAAGCCCUCGGACGCAGCCCAUGACAGCAAGCUGGCCACGACACUCUGGGAUCUGAGCGAGACGAUCAUCAGGAACAGACUGUCACGCAGCUAGGACAUACAGACAAUCGUCAGUGACAGACUGUCACACAGCUAGGACAUACAGACGAUCGUCAGGAACAGACUGUCACGCAGCUAGGACAUACAGAUGAUCAUCAGGAACAGACUGUCACGCAGCUAGGACAUACAGACGAUCGUCAGUGACAGACUGUCAUGCAGCUAGGACAUACAGACGAUCGUCAGGAUCAGACUGUCACGCAGCUAGGACAUACAGACUAUCGUCAGGAUCAGACUGUCACGCAGCUAGGACAUACAGACGAUCGUCAGUGACAGACUGUCACGCAGCUAGGACAUACAGACGAUCUUCAGUGACAGACUGUCACGCAGCUAGGACAUACAGAUGAUCGUCAGUGACAGACUGUCACACAGCUAGGACAUACAGACGAUCAGUGAUAGUUACUCACAUUCAGAGACACGGGGGAGGAGGGGGGGGUAAUUCUGAAUAAAAAAUAUUAUUGGUAGCAAAUCUCAAAGCAGAGAUGAAUUUUAAUUGUAAGAUGCAGAAAAUUGCAUUUCAGAACAUCAAGUUGUGUGCUGUGUCUGAUUCAGUACUGUUGACAGAAGGAUGUGCGUUGUAUUGUUACAAUUUCCAGUCGAUGAUUAAAAGAAAUCAUUCCAAUAAACAUACAAAUAUU